UCACACGGAGCAGGCCCGCUUGCCCCUGCAGUGCCAGGGGGACCAAGCGCACGUUUACCCUUUCAUUGCUUCACAGUCACCAAGCAUACUGACAGGUUGCGUUCUGUCUACUCAGAAAUGUGCUCAUACCCCGUGCCAAGGCCGUCCGCUUCCGCAUUAUCCGGCUCAUUACACCCUAAAGAGUACUAGGGGUGAGAGAGCUCCUUUCCUCAUUAAGAGAUUACCCUAAGACUCCAUGACGCAGGCAGGCACGGCUUACCCGCCGCUGACCCUGUGCGUGGCUGCGGCUUCUAUCUGACAGGAGGGAGCGGGUGGGCGGCUGAUUUGGGAAAGGGGUAACGUGGAGCAUUGAGUAUGAUGAUCCAUGAGAGAAAGUUCUGGGAGACCGCAGCAACAAGUUCCCAGCGACCUGCCCGGGUAAAUAGCUGUGCUAACAGAAGGGGCGUGUCGGGGAGGAACACAGCAAAAGCCCAUAUAUAAAGUAACCGGAGGAAAAAAGCGCAGACACAGCUAGUGAAGCUCCAGACAGCGACAGACAGCCUGCACUCCGGUGACAUUACAAGACGUCUUAACACAAGGGCUCUCUGAAGACGGGAAGAUAUACUUUUUGGUGUACCAAGUUAAUUCUUCUUCUGGCUUUGCCUUCAUAGGAGAAGAAAGACAAACACGGCAUUUUACUAUGGCAGAUGAUGAAAAUGCCAGUACCGCUGGGAUAAGCCAAGGCUGCGACAACAGUAACUGUAAUGUACUGAGCUGGGAGCAAGUGCAGAGACUGGAUGGCAUCCUCACUGAGACCAUACCCAUCCACGGCAGGGGAAACUUCCCCACCCUGGAGAUGAAGCCCAGGCAGAUAGUGAAGGUGGUGAGGAGCAGGCUGGAGGAGAAGAACAUUAAUGUACGGGAUGUUCGAUUAAAUGGUUCGGCAGCUAGCCAUAUCCUUCACCAGGACAGCGGAUUGGGCUUUAAGGAUCUUGAUCUCAUAUUCUGCGCAGAUCUUAAAGGAGAGGCCGAGUUUCAGACUGUGAAAGACGUGGUGCUGGAUUGCCUUUUGGAUUUCUUACCCGAAGGAGUUAACAAGGAAAAGAUUACCCCUCUCACCCUGAAGGAAGCGUAUGUUCAGAAAAUGGUGAAAGUCUGCAACGAUUCAGAUCGAUGGAGUCUAAUCUCAUUAUCCAACAACCAUGGCAAAAAUGUGGAACUAAAAUUUGUGGAUUCCCUGAGGAGGCAGUUUGAGUUCAGUGUAGAUUCUUUUCAGAUUAAGCUGGAUUCUCUUUUGUUUUUUUAUGAGUGUUCAGAGAACCCAAUGACUGAAACCUUCCACCCAACUAUUAUUGGAGAGAGUGUCUAUGGAGAUUUCCAAGAAGCCUUUGACCACCUUUGUCACAAGACAAUUGCCACCAGAAACCCAGAGGAGAUCAGAGGUGGUGGCCUUCUAAAAUAUUGUAACCUUUUAGUAAGAGGCUUCAGGGCAGCAUCUGAAUCAGAGAUGAAGUCUCUGCAGAGGUAUAUGUGUUCAAGAUUUUUCAUUGACUUUUCAGACAUUGGGGAGCAGCAAAGAAAGCUGGAGUCCUACCUGCAGAAUCACUUUGUGGGAUUAGAAGACCGCAAGUAUGACUAUCUCAUGACUUUGCAUGGUGUGGUCAAUGAAAGUACUGUAUGUCUUAUGGGACACGAAAGAAGGCAGACUCUGAGCCUUAUCUCCAUGCUAGCCAUCCGAGUCCUGAUUGAACAAAACAGUAUUCCCAAUGUGGCUAAUGUAACUUGCUAUUACCAGCCAGCCCCAUAUGUAGCAGAUGCCAAUUUCAGCAAUUACUAUAUUGCCCAGGUUCAACCUGUCUUCACGUGCCAGCAACAUACCUACUCUACUUGGUUACCUUGUAAUUAAGAUGGUUGAAAGGCUUCUUUUAGGAAUAUACCCACUAAAACAGAAAUGGGGAUUCCUGAUAAUUAAAAUGGGGAGUGAUUUUGUGCAAUGUUGAUCUGCUCUAGGUUUCAAUCUUUGUGAAGCUUGUGAUUCAUAUAGAAUACACAGGAGCCUGAUCCAAAUUAAUUGGGUUCAAUCCCAGAGCACAAACAGUCAGUCAUUUUAAAGUAACGAUAGCCUUCCAUAGUACAGGAGGAAGGAUUGCUUCAAGACUGUACCGGGUGACGGUUCCAGCUCCCUUAAUAUUUGAAUAAGAAGAGGUUGGCAAAAGGUUAUGGAUUAUUCCAGAGGGAGUAAUAUUCUGAUGGGAUUAAUAUUCCUUCUGUAUUUAAAGUGCUGGUAGUAUACAAGAAGGACAAAUAUUGAAUAUUAGAAUGACCUUUGUGGUUUACAGCAAGUACUGUCUCUGAAUUUUAUAGAAUGUACAACUUGCUUGCAUAGAAUGGUAUUCCAGAUGUGAUUUACUCCAAGUGAACCACAGUAGGGUGGUACAGUUCUAAAAACUGUAAAUCUUUUGAAGACAAAAUACAUUAUUUCCAGAUGUAUGCAUGAUUCACAUUUUACAAAUGUGACCAUGCAAGAGAGUUAGCAGUAGCAAAUAAAAGGCUUGAGGACCAAAGAUUUCUUAAAGAAAUAUACCCAAAUGAAAGAGUUGAAGCGACUAUUUGUAUAUCUGUUAACUUACUGUAUCAAAGUGCCUGUUUCCUUCAGAAAAAUUAAGAUUACUUGUAGAUUUGUGAUUGAACCGCACAUUUUCUUUUAUCAGGGAUACGAAAAAAAAAUAUAUAUCUUGUUCAUAAACCUGUGAUUAACAGUGCAGUAUAUGCCCUAUUUUUCCUUGGCAAAUACUUGUAUAAAGUUUUAUAUGUGAAAUGCAUAUUUGCAUAUAUAAAAAGAGUGUGAGUGAGUGUGUGAGUUUUUCAUAUGCACCCAAAUAUAUUGAAUUAUGGUUUAGCUUAAAUGUAGCACUUGGAGAAUGCCCAUUUAAAGGACGAUGUGUGUUGAAGUUUCAACAGGAUAUAAGUAUAUUAAUAGUUUGGGAUUUAAAAAAAAAAAAAUGUUUGCUCAUUUGUGUGAAAACACCUAGGUUGCUAAAAUAGUAAAGCACAUCACUAUUUAUUUAUAACCAAGGCAAUUCAGUUAAUUUAUAGUUAUUUGCACAAACUGGUGCAUAAUCAAUCAGCUGAAUUCUACACAAAUUAUGAUUUUAUAUUGUUACUUAAGCAUUUUUUUAAUUUGGCAAAUGACCCCUGACAGCCAUUGUAGGCCAACAUAAAUUUUAGUGGACAAUUCUGAAUUAUUAUAGCAGGUUAGUUGUUAAUUUCAAAAAAAAAAUUCUUUAUGCAGAAUGAUUUGAUUCAUGGUAGGACCACUAGAGGUAUUUAACCAGCAUUUUGCAAAGAAAUGUCUUGCUCAUUCCUCUGGGACUGGCACUUACAUGGUUAAAGCAAAAUUAAAACUGUUGCUUUUAUUUUAACUCUUAUUUUUAUAUAUAUAUUCUAUCUUCAACAUAUUUUUCAGUCUAGAGGUUUAAUUUUUCUAUUUCAACCUUUAACACUGUACUGUAUUUAAACACCAGUCAAUUUCAUUAUACAAGCUAAUAUUUAACUAAAAGCCAGUAAACGGUACUAUAACAGUUUAUUUUUAUUUUAUUUUUAAUUUUUUUUGUUUUUUUGCAAGGGAUUUUGUGUGAGGGUUUUGGUCCCUCGCCCUUCCAUAUUUUUCCUAAUUUAUAUUAUUUUUUCUUUCAGUACAUCCUUUGUAUAAUUAUAAUUUAAACUUCUUAGCACAGUCCUUAGAUUAACUUGUACCACAAAAAGUAAACUGAUACUGUGGUAGUGAAUAGCUAUGCCCAGGUAUUACAAUAGCAGCUUAUCCCUCUACUCAUUUUAAAGCUUUGGCCUGUGAUUGCUCUUUCAUGGUCUGCUGCAUCUAUCUGAUGUGAAAAGGCCUGACUGAAAGAAUAAAUAUCUGGAUUAAUUUAUUGUUUCACAGCCCUGGCAUCGUAUUAAAGAAUUUGGUUAAAAUUAGAAAUAUGUAGACAUGAUUGUGUCCUAAACCCGUCCCCCAUUGUAAACUGAGUUAGAAAAUGAAUUAAUUGCACACUGCAGCCCAAAUCUACUAACCUUUGAUUAUUCUGCAAUCGUGUACUUAUUAUAUCAGGAGAACUGCGUAUGUCAGGGUUAAGAAAGUGCAAACCCCCCAGGUGUUUUUUCUGAACUCCCAUAAUUCUAUGUGAGCCAUAGGCUUGAAGUAAUAAAGCAGUAUUAAGGGUGUUGUAGUUCAAAAGCAUCUGUUUCUUAUUACGUCACAUGUGCAAUUAGAGGAGCAGUCACAGCAUUGUUUGUGAAUACAUUUAUUUUUCCAAUGGGUUGGUGACAAACACAAUCAACAUUUAUUACCUUGUAACUUGGUGAACCUGCUGUUGGUAGUUAAACCGAGAUAUUCAUGCAUAUCCUUGUGCCUGUAAAUGAUAGCAGGUCAUGAUUCAUAUAGGUGAGCCGGAAAUACAUUUAUGUCUGACACACAAAAACAAGCAAAAAUAUUUUGAACCCCCAGUUACCACCUUAAUAUAAUAAUCCCAGCCCUUUUUGUUGCUGACAGGUCAAUAUUUUUUUUUAGGCCCCUAAGGUCUUCAAAAACAUCAUUUCUAGAAAUAGAAACACUUGGAAAUGAAUAGAAAAUGCGACCACCCCUUUUCUAUUUUGAUAUUCUGUAUUUUUCCCUUCAUAAAUAAUAUAAUGUGUGUGUGUGUGUGUGUAUGUAUGUGUACAAAUGCACACUGUCUUUAAAGAUCAUUUUAGCAGGAACUUGAUAUGUUUACUGUAGCACAAUUCCUGUGAAUUUUGCAGGAUCUGUUAAAGCUAUUGCACUGCCACUCUCUGUUUGCAUGGAAAUAUCUGGCGUUUUUUGUGACUGCUCUGGUCUGUUUUCUGUUUGGUCAGUGAAGAGCCUUACUUGAUUAAUUGAGAGUAGGAAGUCUCAGUUCCCAGGACUUGUUCCAUCAGACAGACAGUAAAUCAGAAUUGAGAUGGGCUUGUCUAAGUCAGAAUGGGAUCCAUAGAUGUUGCUUAUGAACUGAAUUGAAAGGGAUGGCUGGGGAAAUAGGAUCAGCUGGUGAUGGGGUAUACCUAUUCUUGCCACAGCUAUUGGCACUGCGUAAAUAACUCCUAUCUUUAUUAAAGGUGUCAGAUAUAGAUGUGCCACAAUCAAACUUGUUUACAGAUAUCGAAGACUUCAUAAGAUUAAAUGGCUAUUUAGAGAUCAAUUUUCUACCUAAUUGUAUCUCAAAUGCAUUUAUUUUUUAGAAUUUAUAAUUGACUGCAGCCAAGCCAGCUUAGAAGUACAGUCACAACAGCUGUGCAUAGUCUACAUCUUGUAUGUUUGUUAUUGUUUUGAAAAAAUACUCUAUUCAUGUUGGUUGCAAAAUACAUUUUGUACAGCAAUUAAUGAAAUUGACUUGUCUAUCAUCUAACAUGUUAGAACUCAGAUUUUGCAGGCGAGACAAUGCUUCUUUUCAAACUACAUGACUCCUUAAAAAUUGGCCAUUGGAGGAUGGAUUUAUUGCUAAUCUAUGUUGAGAUAAACCCACUAAUACAAAUGUGAUGAAACAUCAGAUCUCUUUCAAGCCAAGCCAUUGUAUGUUGUUGCAGAAAAAAAUGCAGGGAUGUAGUUUCUGAGGCAAAAUGAAAAAAAAAAAGAAAAAAGAAAAAAAAAUCCCCACCAGCGUCAAACAUUUUUGCUUUCUUAAAUAUUUGCUGGUGCUUCUAUAUUGCAUACUACAUUUUAUCUUGAGCUUUAAUUCUGCAAAAUGCUUUUGUACAUGAAAUGUAUUCUGUUGUUAGCUUUACCUUGGGAGCUGGGAGUGAAACUGAAAGAAAGCUCUUUUAUUUUUUAUUUUUUUUAUUUUUUUUAGCAUCUCAUUGUAGUAUGAAAGUUUUGGAAAUAAUUGCACAGAAGCAAAAAAAUAAGAAAAGGUUAUAUUAUGUGUUUAUGUGUGUGGGGUUUCUUUUGUUUUCACAACAUUUUUCUAAAGGCAAAAUGAAGAGGGGAGGGGGGAUCUUUUGCAGUUAUAAUUUGAGGUUUUGUGUAAGAGUGCCGAAAAAAUAAAAUAAACAGCUUGACUAGAGUGUUGCAAAAUCUUGUAACUUUUAAGGAGGCUAUGCAUAUUUCUUUCUCUCCCUACUUGUCACACAAACACUGCCUUCACAGUGGCAUCCUGUUGCAUCAAACCGCUCAUUGCUUUGCUUUUUUGGAAAACUAUAAGGAUGGGUUCUGUAGAGGGCAGAUGAAAAAACAGAUGAAACACAAGCAUUAUGCAUCCAUGCUUGAGGGAAAGGAUUGUAAAAUUUGUUUACAGCAUCCAAUAUUUGGAUUUUUUUGUAAAUAAAAAAAAAUGUUAUUUUUUUCUAUGGA